AUGCUCUCCAUUCUGUCUCUUGCAACUAUUUGCGCCUCAUGGACCUCAGUCGCAACUGCUCUGCCGAAGAUUCCCUUGGCUCGAGAAGCGUUGUCUGAUGAUGUCAACCUGGGAUCAAGUUUUUUUACGCAGUUGCUUGACCAUGAUCAUCCCGAGUUGGGAACGUUCUCCCAGCGCUGGUGGUGGAAUGACCAGUACUGGAAGGGUCCUGGGUCGCCGAUUGGAGAAAGUGACGCUUCUAAGAAUACGGGAUACUUGACCAAUGAAACCUUAAGCGGUCUUUACGCACAGGAAAUGGGAGGUGCUGUUCUUAUGCUUGAGCACCGUUACUAUGGGGAAUCUUCUCCUGUUCAGGAGUUAACCCCGAAGACAAUGCAACACCUCACUUUUAAGAAUGCGCUCGCUGAUACCGUGAAUUUUGCGAAAAAUGUUAAAUUACCUUUCGACAAGACAACUGGAAGCUCACCAGAGAAUGCUCCUUGGAUUCUUGUCGGCGGUUCAUACAGUGGCGCUCAAGCUGGCUGGACUGCAGCAACCUUGCCAGGUACCUUUUGGGCCUACCACGCCUCGAGCGCGCCAGUUGAGGCGAUCUGGGAUUACUGGCAAUACUUUGUUCCUAUCCAGGAGCGUCUGCCCAAGAACUGCAGUACCGAUUUAGUCAAUGUCAUUGAUUACAUCGAUAGCGUGCUUUUAGGAUCCGAUGAAGCCGCUAAACUAAGCUUGAAGAACAAAUUCCAACUGGGCGAUCUACAUGACGAUGAUUUUGCUCAGGCUAUUGCCAGCGGCGGACCUUCCUAUGGACAGAGCACAACAUGGGACGAAUCGGCCGCAUUGUACAGCUUCUGUGACUACAUUGAAGUAUGGAAUAUGAAAUGUCAAUCCUUGAAUUCACCUAGACUGACUGUAUCUCAGAACGUAUACGCGAGUCCCCCAGCGAAUGCCAGUGCCCAUGGUGUCGGUGUGCAAAAAGCUCUCGCAGGCUAUGCACAAUGGUGGAACUUCAUUUUCCCUGGAUCCUGCGCAUCCAGAGGAUACUGGAGCUCCAAUUACACAACAGAGUGCUACAACUCGUACAACUCAUCGAACCCCUGGUAUGCCGACAAAACUAUUGGUAACAGGGCCAAUAAACAGUGGGAGUGGCUAUGUUGCAAUGAGCCUUUUGGGGCUUGGCACAAUGGUGCUCCCAAAGGGACCAAGUCCAUAGUAUCACGCCUUGUGACUUCCGACUACUCCGUCCGUACCUGUGGGACAUACUUCCAACCAGAUGAUGGGUAUACCUAUGCUAGUGCUAAAGGCAAGCGUUCUGAUGCUGUGAACGCCUGGUCUAAGGGCUGGUUUGGAACAACUGAACGAGUUAUUUGGACUCAAGGACAAUACGACCCCUGGCGUGAAGAAACUGUGUCGUCUGACUUCCGUCCUGGGGGUCCUUUAUCCUCUUCCGACCCCAACCCCAUCUUUGUCAUGGAGAAUGCUAGCCAUUGCUAUGAUUUGUUGCUCGAAAACGCCCGAAGUAAUGCUGGCAUCCAGCAAGUAGUCAAUGAAGCGAUUAAGCAGAUGAAGACCUGGAUUGCCGAGUUCAAGCCCAAUGGAAAUGGCACUUCGAUUGUGCGCCGCAGGUUGCGGCAAUAUUAG